GACGGAUUCCGUCGUCUCAAAACGAUGGUCUCGCUUAUACGUACAUUGCGGAACAUUCGUAGGGCAGGCCUAGCACAAUGGUGGAGGUUUACGUACUAUAACGGUGAUGCCAAGUUUGGUCAACGUGUUGGAACGGAUCAAUUUGGGAAUAAGUACUUUGAGAACCUUAACCCCGAGGAGGAGAUUCCCGGCCGUCACCGAUGGGUUGAUCUUGCGCAGCAUGACUACGACGCCACUCAAGUCCCUCCAGAAUGGCAUGCUUGGCUCUCACAUAUUCGUAAAGAACCACUACACUUGGACCCUAUUGUCCAAGCUGUCAACCCUCCCUGGAAAGCUCCUCAUGUUGAGAACAUGACUGGUACUCGAGGCGCAUAUCGACCAUACAACACUGUUCGCCCCAAGGUCAACACUUGGGUUCCAACGACAGCUCCACGAGGGGAGCCUACUACUACCUCAUCAUGAUUGUUGCAC